GUUCAACCUAAAAGUUUAAACUGACAGGGAAAGGUGAGCAAUUCACUUAUACUUCAACACUUCCCCUCACGUGUAGGCUCUCUUAAGCCGCAUACGUGGAAAUUGGAGUGUGCUGCAAUUAUUUUAUUUAAUUGUGCCGCUAGAAUUUGAACUUGAGAUCUCUGGCUCUGAUACCAUAUUGAAUUGUUUGCUCCAACUAUUUUAAUCCAAAAGCUUAAACUGAUAGGAAAAGAUGAACAAUUCAUUUAUACUCCAACAUAAGCAUCCUAGAAUUAUUUCAGACUUCAUGACUCAUGAGUCCAUGUUACAGUACACUACCUCUAGUCCUCUGCCCUAAAAUGAUUGUGCUUCCCAUCAUCAGCAAGAAAAAGGUUAUUAUUCUUAUAUAUAAAGGAGUCCAAUUUUGUAGAGUGAAUCAAAGCGGUGGUUGAUGCAUUGUUUGUAUCCCAAAUCACAAUUGUACAGCUGUAAGAUGCAUGAUGUCUCUCUCAUAGGUAAUGGCGAAGUGAGGUGCAAUCUCCAAGGAUAACCAUUUGUCCUCAGCCCAGCAGCAAAUUUCCAGUAGCAACUUCAUCCUCUUCAGUUGCAGCAUCCAACGUCCAUCCCUCAUCGCACGGUGACCAACGUCUCCUAGUCAUCAUCAUCUCUAUUACAAAAAGCAAAGGCGCCAAUUGUUAGAGAGACCAUACACGCGUGUUGCUCAAACAACGGCCGGCCGCCGGCCAUGUGCCCGAACGCGUCAACCACGGCGGCCGCCGAUGCCGACACCGAGCUCGCAAAGAUUCAGGCCUCACGCGCCGCCAUAGUCUCGGUCCUCUCCGCCGCUGCCGAGGCCGAGAUCGACAUCGACGACGUCGGCGACCGCCUGGCCGAGCUGCUGUCCGGCGCCUCGCCGUCCUCCAACCUCCAGUCCCAGGCCGUGGCGGCGCGCGCGCUGCGGGCGCGCAUCGACCGCGCCGUCGCCCCGGCCGAACCUUUCCUCGCGGCGCUCCGCCGCGCGUCCGCGCUCGCCGAGGAGGCGGCGCCGCCCGCGGACCCGGCAGACGCCGGGGGCGCGGUCGCGUUCGUCGGCCGCGUGGAUCGGCUCCGCGACGCCAUCGAGGAGGUCGUGGCGCGCGGGGACGAGGCCGUCCGGAGGGUGGAGGAGGCGGUCGGGUUCCUCGGCCGGACCAAGGCCGCCGGCCGCGGCCGCGUGCGCAGGCUCACCGAGGCCGCUGCGGCGCUGCGCGCGGUGUACGAGGCGGAGGCGGAGCAGAUGCGCUUCGAGGGCCCGCUCGACGAGGCGCUCCUCGGCGUCCAGGACCUCUUCGAGGCGCUGCUCCUCAGGCUCAAGCACCCGGCGGCGCCCGUCGAUGACGAUAUUGCUGGCGCCGACGGAGACGACACGGCGCAGUACGAGCUGGGCACCGACGACGAGGUCGAGGCCGCCACAAGGAUGGCCAGAACGCUCGCCGGCAACGACUGCCUCGACAUCUGCCUUGACAUCUACGUCAAGACGAGGUACAGGAGAGCGGCCAAGGCGAUGAUGCGGCUCAACCCGGCGUACCUCAAGUCAUACACGCCGGAGGCCAUCGACGACAUGGAGUGGGAGUCGCUGGAGUCGGCCAUGGCGCUGUGGAGCCCGCACUUCCACGUGGCCAUCGCCUCCGUGCUCCCGGCGGAGCGCCGGCUCUGCGCGCGCGUGCUCGAACCCCUCCCACCAGCGGUCUGGCCCGAGUGCUUCGCCAAGAUCGCCGCCCGCAUCGCCGCGGCGUUCUUCCGCUUCGCCGACGGCGUGGCCGCCGCCGCGCGCGAGCCGCAGAGGCUGUUCAAGCUGCUCGACAUGCUCGACGCGGUGGUCCGGGAGCGGGGGCGCCUCGAGGAGCUCUUCUCCGGCGAGUCCGCCACGCUGGCCGCCAUCCGCGAGCGCGCGCGCGAGGUGGAACGCGCCCUGGCGCGCGCCGCCACCGGCGUGUUCUUCGAGUUUGGCCUCCGCAUCGAGACGCACUACGUUACCGGCGCCGGCGAAGGCGUCGGCGACGUGCCCAAGAUCGUGCGGUACGCCGUGAACUACCUCAAGUGCCUCGCGUCCGACGACUACCGCGGGCUCAUGGACGCCGCGCUGCGGGCGGAGCGGGAGCGCGGCGGCGACGAGGACGAGGACGGGAGCGAGGGCGGCGGCGACCGCGCGCCGCCACUCGCCGAGGCGGCGUCGAACGUGCUGGAGGCGCUGCGCCGGCACGUCGAGGCGGCGCGCCGGGCGUGCGCGGACACGGUGGCGUCGCACGUGACGGCCAUGAACGCGUACUGGUACAUCUACAUGCGCGCCCGGGGCUCGGAGCUGGCGAGGCUGGUCGGCGAGGACACCAUGCGGCGGCGGUACAAGGCGGCGGCUGAGGAGGCGGCGUGGGAGUACCAGGACGCGGCGUGGACGCCGCUCGUUCGGCUCGUUGCCGGCGGCAGCUCCGGGGCGCCGAGGACCUGGCCGCCCGAUGACGCGCGGGGAAAGGCAGCGGCGUUCGCCGACAUGCUCGAGGAUCGGGUGAGGCGGCACGGCGCCGAGUACAAGAUCCCCGACGGCGACCUCCGGGGACAGAUCAAGGCCGCGGCGGCCAAGGCGGUGCGCGGCGCGUACGCCGGGUUCUUGAAGGCCAACGACAAGGCCUUGGCCGGCGGCCGGAGGGAGAUGCUGCCGCUGGACGUCAUCGAGGGAAUGGUUGGGCGGGUGUUCGACGAACUGGGCGAUGGGGUAGCCGGCAGCGUCGGCCGGGCGAGGAGCAGCCGGAGCCGCCGGGAGUCGAGGGACAGCGCCAAUCUCGAGGGCUUUGGCGUCUAAAGAGGCUAUGUACUUAAGUUUGUGUUAGAACCAACAAAGAACGUUGUGUUAAUUCCUCGAGCCUUUAGUUUUUCAUAGACAUUGUAAGCCUGACUAUAUUUCCACUGAGUACCUAUUUUUUCUGCUUAA